AUGCGCCGCUCGUAUUCUAGUGUGAAACCGAAGGAUAUCGUAAACUGCCUGUUUUAUUUAACGUGUUUCUCCCAACUGUUUCCUUAUACCUCAAUUUUAAGUCAUUUGUUUAGCGUCUUAAAAGUGUGCAAGCAUGACGGAGACGCAGUCAGCGCUGUUACUCAGACGACAGCUGGCAGAACUGAACAAAAAUCCAGUGGAAGGCUUCUCUGCUGGUUUAAUAGAUGACACUGAUCUCUAUCAAUGGGAAGUCCUUAUCAUUGGUCCUCCAGACACAUUAUAUGAAGGUGGUGUUUUUAAAGCUCACCUCACCUUCCCAAAAGACUACCCACUCCGUCCUCCAAAAAUGAAAUUUGUCACGGAAAUUUGGCACCCGAAUGUGGACAAGAGUGGUGACGUAUGUAUUUCUAUUUUGCACGAGCCUGGGGAGGACAAGUAUGGGUACGAGAAGCCGGAGGAGCGCUGGCUUCCCAUCCACACUGUGGAGACCAUCAUGAUCAGUGUUAUCUCCAUGCUGGCUGACCCCAAUGGAGACUCCCCUGCUAAUGUAGAUGCAGCGAAAGAAUGGAGGGAAGACCGACACGGGGAGUUCAAAAGGAAAGUUGCUCGCUGUGUUAGAAAAAGCCAAGAGACUGCCUUUGACUGAAAUACUUCAGCAGUUUGUCGGUUCAGUUUUCAGGGUUUCGGAUUGAGAAACAACAUGGCACUAUUUCUCCACACCAUAUCUAGUUGUUGCCAUGACUGGCAAAACAGGAUACAGUGGAAUAUAACAACAGUCUCAGAUAUGGACAGAAAAGCCCAGGAAGUGCCAACAAUCAAAACAGCAUUGUUUCUAAAGUCCAGUGAACUGCUUCAGUUUUCAGGAAGAAUUGUAAAGACCUGUACAUAGUACACACACAAACCAGAUAAUAUAUAAACUUCAUAUCCUUCCGGGAAGACCUAGUACCAAAUAAACAGCAGUUGUGUAGUUAUCACAUGGAUGCUGUAUGUUUUUGAGGACAUUGAUGCCUCUUCCUUCACCCUUUCCACCCAUUUGCCUCUGCUUUUACUUGGUACUUUGAAAGCAACCAUUGUAAAAGGAUAGUAGCAGAAAACCGGUUAUGACUUGCAUCAGUAGCAGGUAAUAUGCCAUUUUAAUUGGAAUUGAAGUGACUUGUUACACUGACUCGAGUUUUGCAUGCUUUUCUUAACGUACAAAGGUGGGAAUGAAACCAAAAGUAACCCGCUGUAAAGGAUUAUUGUCUUGUUUAAACUCUUACUGCUAUGCUGAUCCUUAAAAAUAAGCAGUAAAACUUUGUAAGAGAUCACACCUUGGUGAGACACUCAAGGGUUGUACAGUGGCUUGUGUUGGGUGCUGAUGAUCAAGGUCCUACUCAAGUGGCAUGUUUACUAACUUUAAGAGCUAAAAUUUUAACUUUUUCUUUUCAAAAGUGCCUCCUACUGCUUGGUAAAUACAUAUUCAAUAAAACUUCAGGGCAGUGGAAAUAAAUAUGUAAAUCAAAAACAGGCAUUCAGGUGCCCACUUACCCUUUUCUAUCCUUUGUACCAUGAUAA